GAUAUCGGUUGAGUCAGUCACUGUUAAACUUCGGCAUUGAUAACGGGCCGAUGGUGGCCGGAGGUGAACGGUUGUGUCGCGGAAGUCGCCAGUACCCCAGUUGGGUCCAGCGAAUCGAAUGUAGCAAAUUGUGGGUGGUAGUGCACCGUAGCCGCAACUGCAUUGUAACGCAUUUCUAGGACGUUCAAUUGUCCGGCAGAACAUUCUGCCGCCGCAUUCCGUGAGCGAGCGAAUCGUUGAGAGUGCGUUGGGGCGCGAUAAAUAAUGAUGCUGCACUAGCAGCGGAGGUGAAAAGCGGUGCUGCUGACGAGGCUAUUAGGAAGAUAUUAGUGCUAACGCUCUGACCGACCGACCAGUGGACCACCGGACAGCACAAUGGCGCAUGGGAUGGCGACCGUGGCCGAUCGGAUACUAAACAUUGUGGUCGUUGGUGACGGUGCCGUGGGGAAAACCUGUCUGCUGCACGCGUACACGGAUAAAUCGUUCAAGAACUUCUACCAACCGACCAUAUAUGAUAAGGAGUCCAUUGAAAUGAUACUCGAUGGGCAGAAGUACACAAUCCAGUUGCACGAUACGGCGGGCCAGGAGGAGUAUGACAAAAUACGGCAACAGUUUUACAAGAGGGCCGAUUGCUUUCUGCUGUGUUAUGCCAUCGACAACAGUGUAUCGUACGAAAAUGCGGCCACCAAAUGGGUACCAGAAAUCAAAACCGAUCCACCGGUUCCCAUCGUCCUGCUCGGCACUAAGCUGGACAUGCGGCGAGGAGACAGCAAAGAGGUAACGACGGUCGAAGGUGACAAGCUGAAGCGUACCAUCAACGCCAACUCGUUCGUCGAGUGUUCCGCCAAAGCCGGUAUCAAUGUGGAACUGGCGAUUCAGGAGGCGGUCCGAGCUUGUCUGCUGGGCGUUCCGGAAACGCAACCCGAUGACCAGUGCUGCCCCGGAUUCGACUUCUGCUGCAUACCCUCGUAACUCGUAGGAAAUUAAGUUCGGUGACCGAUAAAGACACACGAUACAACCGCAUCGAACCGUAGUAGUCCAUUUCAAAGGUUGGUUUAUUGUUGGUAAGGUGUUUUAAUUCAAUUUGUUUCCUAACCUACACAAGGCUGCAGUAUGUACAUACGAAUGCGCGUCUAUUAGUCGAAGGUUUUGCGGAGCUGCCUUACCUACAAAGCGCGGAACAUGCUUCUCUGCAAGAGUUCGCACGCUGCUUGACAAUGGCAGGUAACCCAAUCGAACGAGCGAACGGCGUAUAAUUCACAGUAAAACUAGUAAUAACGUAGGAAAAAGUUAAGUCACCCGUUGCAAAUGAUAAACUACUAGCUAGUAAUAAGAAUUGUACGAAAAUAAAUGGCAAACACAAACGCA